GCGACUCUCUUCAGUCGUAAACAAGCAACAACAUGGAAAACAUUCUAGAUAUGUAAUCAAUUCUUUAUUCGUUACACUUCAGCAACAAUAUACAGUGGAGUAUUUUUCUAAAUUGAUGGUUGCUCAUGUUCAAAUUGUUCUCUAACAGGUAAAAAAAAGUAGGUAUUUGCCAUCCGCCAAAUGUGGAUCAAUAUAUAUUAAUAGACGUUCAAGCAUUUCUACAGGUCUGUUAAUCCAGUCUAAUUACACAUACGAUUUAGUUAGCAUGCAGGAUAACAGUGUGGUGAUGAAGAUCAUUUUGUAACUGCUCUAUAAACACCGAGGAGCCUUGGGGAGUAACAAAGAUAUGGUUCUGUCUUUGGUGAACCUGUGCGCCCGGGAGGUGAUGAAUGACCACAGCUCUUCGCCGUGUUGGUUAAGUUGUGUACCGAGAGAGCUCUACCGACCGCUGCUGGACGCUGCCUUCGCUCAAUGCCGACCUUUAGCCGUCGGUGAGCUCGUCGAGCGGUGGCCCGAGCGGACACUGACCGUUGCAGGCAGCAGAAAGCCGGACCAGUGCCUUCCGAACCGGCUUUGCGUUCAGGCGCUGCUGCUGGCUGUGGUCAGGGGGCUGACGGACAAGAGGUGUUGCCUGCAGGUGCUGGGUCUUAGUGGACUUCAGUGUGAGAAUGGGAGGGUUGAAGAUUCAAUGGGUGGAUGGUCCCUCACUGUUGCCCUUUGCUCAAUGGUGCUACAAGCUCGAGCUGCAGCCUCCAGGGCUCACAGGAGAGAUGGAGAAAGAGAGAGAAAAAGAGGGCUGGAAGCCGGACGUGAGAGGGGUGGCACUAUCAAACGGGACCGGGGCACCAUAGGGCAUGGUAAGGACAGUGAGGGAGGACACAAAGAAGAAGAGGUAGGAAAGAUCGAGUGCAGAAGUAAUGAAGGAGAGGGCACUGUUAGUCAUGAACGAGUGCUGUUACCAGAAGAUGACUCAGUGAAGGGUGUCAGGAGAAGGAUGGAGAUCCAGAGGAGAAAGGCUUCAUCUGAGUUAAAAUCAAACACCAGCAGUAAUAAAAGUAAUGGUUUCUCUGAGCAAGACUGGGACCAGGUAGUGGUUGUCCAUGUCAGAGCUGAUGUUUUUGUCAAUUCCCGUUCCUGGGAGCGUGUCCGUGAUGCCCUUAGUCACCCAGGUCCUCUGCGGCUCGAAUGCUGCUUCCUCUGUGUGGAGGAACUCUCUGCACCUUCCAUAGCUUCCUUAUUGGGCCUUUUGCCUCAGCAUGAUCUACUUGGUGUGGACAUCCGCUACUCCAGCCUUGGAGUGUCUGGCCUGGCAAUGCUACUUCCAUUGUUAGCUCCCUUCCCUCAGCUCCACUCUCUGAGAUUGCAUUACUGUAACUUGGACUUGCAACGCACACAGCCUGGCCAGCAGGAGGCACUUCAAGACAUGUCUAAAGGGCUGGGUUCACUGAGGAAACUUAAGAGAUUAUGUCUGACUGCACUUCGACUGCCAGGACAUCUGCAUUUGCUCCUCAGCUCUCUUUCCCAGCCUCUGGAGGUGCUAGAGCUGCCAUACCUGUGCCUGACCUCCACCGACCUGGCCUACCUCUCAUGCAGCCAGCAUGCUCCAUUCCUGAGAGAACUUGACCUGAGUGAGAACUCGCUUGAUGAAUCCUCCCUGCCCUCUCUGUGCCGUCUCUUAAGUCAAGCUGAAAGCACUCUCACCCAGCUUUCACUAUGUGGUUGUGGCCUCUCAGACUCUCUGGUCGAAACACUUCUCCCUUCCCUGUCCUGCUGCCGGGUUUUGCGUAGCUUAAGAGUGGCCUUAAACCCGCUCUCCAGGAUGGGGCUGCUUUCCUUGGCCCGUACAGCUGCUGGCUUACGUUCCCUUCGUCUACUGCUCUAUCCCAAUCCUCUAGAAGAAUAUGAGCCUGGUCUGCCAGCUCUCCCCUCCAGUGCUCAGCUGCUGGGCUGGCCUCUGCUUGAGGAGGUAGAGGGCAGGAACUUGACGCGGAGGUUGUUGGAUGAAGUUCUGAGCUCAAGAGGGCGUUUACGUGAUCUUCUUGUGACAUCAGACCUCCUGAACUAUAGCCCAGACUUGGCAUUGGAUGAGUAGUGUUUGUGCACAAGUGUGCAUCUCUGCUAUAAAAUACUGGAAAUCUUCCUGAGCCCUCAGAACAAGUGGUAGACAAUCAAAAUCAUGUUCAAACUAGCAGUGUCAGCUUAUUAACAAAUUGUGCAAUGUUUUUCCUCAUUGCCAAGAAUUUUUCAUUAAUAACAAAUCCUAGCUCUUAUUUAUAAUAAUUUUAAACACCUGGUGAGUCAAAACCUUAGCAUUACAUUAUAUGCUGCUUUGAUUGAAUUUUAUUUUGUUGUUCUAUUGCUUUUUAUCAUACUGAAGAGAACUGUGUUUUAAACCAAACACCUUAUUAUGUCCAAAGUUUGUCUUUUUCACUUAAUAAGUCCUUCAUAAUUAUUGAUCAGUGAGGGUAGAUUCAAAGCAAUCCAAUUUCCCAAACUCUCCUGUUUUAUUUGGUGGUCUUGAUGCCGUCAGCCUCUUUUGAAACAAAGUUUGUCGUCUUGCUGUGAAAAACAGCCACAUGCCAAGAAUCAACAACACCAUUCAUUCGUUGCUCCUUUUGUUGUGUGUUUGUGUCGCGUUUAAGAUGAUGUCAUGGCAGUAGAGGCAGCGCAAAUAUGACAAUCAGCCAAUAAUCCUACCCAUGUUGAGGCUGCACUAAACUGCAGUGGAAAAGUAAAGUGAGCAGAGUCGAGUCGAACCGUAACAUGCAGUGGAAAAGUACCAUAAGUGUACAUUCACUUCCCAAAUUGAUAUGGAUUUCUCCUCAAAAACCAGCAUCUAUGAAUCCCCCCAUCCAAAUAAACAGAAACCUAAACUGUUCAUACGUCAUUGUUAAAUGUAAUGAUUCAUUGUUUAGCUGGGACUAAACAAGUAAUCAUUACCUCCACUGUUGGGGAGUAGCUAACUACAUGUAGUGAUGCUACCAACCUAAAUACAUUUUUCAGUAGCUCAGCUGCUUUUAAAACAGAAGAAAUUACUUUUUCCAGUAAGUAGUGGUGUAGCAUAACCAAACGCUACAUCAUGUUGCUCAGAUUAUAACUAAUAGCCUUCCUUAUUGAGUAGAAGCCAAACAUUUUCUGCUGAUCAGAAUCAGGCAGCGUCAUUGUCUUCUUUUGUAAUGGCAAGUCACAAACAAAAAUAGUGAAUUACCGGCAUCUACUGAGAGCUUAUUACAGCUCACUUGGAUAAGCAGAGAUUGUCUGAUGGUUAAUCAUCGAACACCAUUUUAUUCUUCUGUGUAACAAAGAAUGUUUCAGACACUUUAUUCUUAAUAGAUCACACAACAGCAUAUUUACCUUUACUAUUUUAAAUAAAAUAAUUCAAAAAUUCAUUAUUGCCUUUUGAGGGAUUUUGUUUCUGUUCAAAAUAUGUUGAUUUCGUUUAUCAUUUGUGUGUUACU